AUGGGCCAAAGGAAGACUUUCGCCCCAGAGGCCAGCAUCGGACUUGACCCACUCCUGGUUUUCGAGUCCAAGUGGUCGAAAUUGAUGGAAAGAUGGGUCUUCGGAAGAAAUGGGUCCAAGAUCGAGCUUGUCGACCCGGAAGACUUCUUCAAAAGUCUUCUGGAGGAGGGUGCUGCUAGAACCUGGCUUCGCGUAAUUUUGACGGUGGCCCACCGGUACCAAAAGUGGUGGCAGAACACGUUCAACGCACCCAAGAUCUGGCUCCUGACGGGUAUCUACUUGAUCGAGGACGCCAUGGUCCUCCGCACCGUGUCAACGUCAUCUUCUAACGGGCUGUCCGCGAACAUCCCAGUGCCCGACCCGGCAGGCACCGCGGCGAUUCUGGGUUUGCAAGUGCACGGCGCAAUCAAGCUAGCUAACGGCACUGAUGCAGUCGCUGAGACGCAAAUUCUGGGCCGUAAGGUGUGGGCCGCGCAGUGGCAACUGGUCGGAUGUGCGUAUUGCACGGAGCGGAAGGUGGGAUGGGAUCCGAAAGGAAAUGGCACCACGCUGAAACUUCUUAACAGCUGGAGUUUGGACACGGAGAGGGGUGAGGAGGACGAGAUCCAGCUCGCAGGUGUAGGUCUUCCUAGUGACGCAUUUGCUGGGCAGGAGGGUGGUGAUGUUCAGCCAAACGCUGGCGAUCCGAACGAGGACGAGAAACUGUUGAGUGACUUCGACGAUGAUGUGAAUGAUUUAAUGCAGGAUCUGACUGGUUAA